AUGCUCUCCAUCAAGCCCCUCCUCGCCUUCGCCGCCCUGGCCCUUACCGCCUCCGCCUCAAAGUGCGACACCCACCAACUCUACUGCGGCAGCACGCUCAAGUCCGCCCGCGGCUGGACAAACAACGAAAUUCAAAGCAAGUGCCUCCGCAGCACCUGGAACGAUGGCCAGUACCCGGCCAUGGACCAGAUCGACAAGUCGCUGUUCAAGUGCGGUAGUGCGGGCGACGCUCUGGUGUGGAUUAAUGGACGCGUUCCCUGUGGGAGGUGUGUUGAUGGCGGAGCUGGAAAGCCUGAUUACUGUGCUUAG